AAAACCGUUCAACUUCAAGAAAAAAUACACACUCUACACACAAUAAGCAGGAAAAAGUAUAAAAUAGAGGAAAAAGAAGAGAGAAAGCUCAUCACUGUCUGUAUAUCUCCAUGCCUUCUACUACUGUUGCUGCUGCUGCUAGUGCUGAUUCAUCCUCAUCUCUGCGUUAUACCUCCAUUUUUGGGCUCUGAAAGCUCAUCUCCAAAGGGGAAAUCAAACGGGAAGAAAAAUGGUGUUCAAGGGCAGAUUCUUUUCCUCAAAGAAAUCCGACACUUCAAGCCCAGAUGGAUCCUCCAAUAGCCCUCGAUCGUUUGGGUCCAACUCCAAUUCGCCGAUCCGAUCCGAUAAGAAGAAGCCCAAAUCUCUAUCACCCUCCAUUUCUAAGGACAGCUCCCCCGCCGCCUCCGCCGCGGGCACUCCGACAAGCGCAGCCAAGAGCCUUCUGAAGAAGAAGGACUCCUCCAAAGGCAAAGACACGCUCAAGUCAAGCAAGCCCACUUCAGGAAUUUCUACUUCUCCUUCCAAGCUGAAGAAAUCCGAGGAGGCGCCGCCGCCGCCGGCUGGCCCGCCUUCUACGGGACCCACUUCGCUGUCUGUUUCACCGAUAGUGGCGUCAUCCUUGGGGUUGAACAAGAUAAAGACGCGAUCAGGGCCGUUACCCCAGGAGAGUUUCUUUAGUUUUGGGAGUAGAGAAAAGGGUGUGGCUUUGGGUGCCAGUAACUUGUCCAGGCCAUUGGGAGGCGGCGGUGGCGGCAUUGGUGGAACUGAUGGGGUUUUAAGUGGUAGAAAGAAGAAGGAGAAAGCAUUUCCGGAUAAUCCGGAUAAUGGAAGUAAUUCAGAUAGUAUGUCGACCGAGAGUGGGGCAUCGAGGGACCAGAGCCCGCAUGUAUUCCAGGCUCAGGCUCGAUCACGGCUCCAGAAUGCAGAAUCAUCGAGUGGAGCUACUGGGCAAUUCGAUACAUCAUGGGGUGAUUCUGGAGUUCUCAGGAGUUCAGAUGCAUGUACUCCAGAGAUGAAGACAUCAUAUGACUGUGACAAUCCCAAAGAGUCUGAAUCUCCACGCUUUCAAGCUAUACUCCGUGUUACAAGUGCGCCUAGGAAGAGGUUUCCUGGCGAUAUCAAGAGCUUCUCUCAUGAAUUAAAUUCCAAAGGUGUACGUCCUUAUCCAUUUUGGAAACCUAGAAGGUUAAAUAACUUGGAGGAGGUAUUAGCUAUGAUUCGGACAAAAUUUGACAAGGCAAAGGAAGAAGUGGAUUCCGAUCUGCACAUUUUUGCAGCAGAUCUAGUCGGAAUUCUGGAAAAGAAUGCAGAGAGUCAUCCAGAAUGGCAGGAGACUAUAGAGGACUUGCUGGUGCUGGCUCGGAGCUGUGCUAUGACUUCUCCUGGAGAAUUUUGGCUUCAAUGUGAAGGCAUUGUGCAAGAGUUGGAUGACAGACGUCAGGAGCUUCCAAUGGGCAUGUUAAAGCAGCUUCAUACUCGAAUGCUUUUUAUUCUCACCAGAUGUACUAGGUUAUUGCAGUUUCACAAGGAAAGUGGGUUGGCAGAGGAUGAACAUGUUUUUCAUCUUCGUCAAUCACUUCAGCCUGCAGAUAAACAAGUUCCUCCAGGCCCAGAAAGAGACGGAAAGAUGCCUAGUGAUGCAAGAGCUUUGAAGGCCCCCCCAACGAGGAAGUCUUACAGUCAAGAGCAAUCAGAAUGGAAAAGGGACCAAGCUGUACCUGGAAAUCUUCAAUUUUCACUUGCUGAAUCCUCCAAACAUGUGGAUUCUGUUGCUGGUAGAAAUAAGAUGACAUCUUGGAAGAAGUUUCCUUCUCCUGCUGGCAAAAGCCCCAAAGAAGCUGUUUCAGUCAAGGAGGAGCACAAUGACAAUAUCGUGCAAGCUUCAAGACUAUUAGAUAAUGAAAAAGGAACCAAUGAUGCUGAACUAGGUGCUGCCAAGGUGCCUGAGCUUCCAACUUCGAAGGACUCACAUGGGCACUCCCCAGUGCCUAAGCACCAACACAAAGUUUCCUGGGGCUAUUGGGGAGACCAGCCUAGUGUGUCUGAUGAGAGUUCAAUAAUUUGCCGCAUAUGUGAGGAGGAGGUUCCCACUUUGCAUGUGGAAGACCACUCUAGAAUAUGUGCAAUCGCUGAUCGAUGUGAUCAGAAAGGUCUAAGAGUGAAUGAACGGCUCGUCAGAAUUGCUGACGCUCUUGAGAAACUGAUGGAAUCAUAUUCGGCAAAGGACGUUCAACAUGCUGGUGGCAGCCCUGAUGGUGCUAAAGUAUCAAACUCAAGUAUGACUGAAGAGUCAGAGCUUCUGUCUCCAAAAUUUAGUGACUGGUCCCGUAGAGGUUCUGAAGACAUGCUAGACUGUUUUGUUGACGCAGAUAAUAACAUUGCGAUGGAUGAUAUGAAGGUUUUACCAUCCAUGUCAUGUAAAACUCGAUUUGGUCCAAAAUCUGAUCAAGGAAUGACUGCAUCAUCAGCAGGCAGCAUGACUCCCAGGUCACCAUUGAUGACACCACGAAUGAGCCCGAUUGACUUGCUUUUGUCUGGAAAAGGUGCUUUCUCUGAACAUGGUGAUCUCCCUCAGAUGAAUGAGCUUGCUGAUAUUGCUAGAUGUGUAGCGAAUACACCCUUGGACGAUGAUCGCUCUUUGCAGUAUCUGCUUUCUUGUCUUGAAGACUUGAAAGUUGUAAUAGAUCGUAGAAAGUUUGAAUCGCUAACAGUAGAUACAUUUGGAGCUCGUAUAGAGAAAUUGAUCAGGGAGAAGUAUUUACAACUAUGCGAACUAGUUGAUGACGAAAAGGUUGAUAUAACAAGCACUGUAAUUGAUGAAGAUGCUCCUUUGGAAGAUGAUGUUUUACGUAGUCUGAGAAGUAGCCCAGUGCAUUCUUCCAAAGACCGUACCUCAAUAGAUGACUUUGAGAUCAUAAAACCAAUUAGUCGUGGGGCAUUUGGUCGGGUAUUCUUGGCAAAAAAGAGAACAACAGGGGAUCUGUUUGCGAUAAAGGUUCUUAAGAAAGCGGAUAUGAUACGCAAGAAUGCAGUUGAGAGUAUUUUAGCAGAACGUGAUAUACUGAUUUCUGUUCGUAAUCCAUUUGUGGUGCGCUUCUUCUAUUCAUUCACUUGUCGUGAAAAUUUGUAUCUUGUUAUGGAGUACUUGAAUGGUGGAGAUCUUUAUUCCCUAUUGAGAAAUCUCGGAUGCUUAGAUGAAGAUGUUGCCCGUGUAUAUAUUGCCGAAGUUGUGCUCGCUUUGGAAUAUCUGCAUUCUCUUCGUGUGGUUCAUCGGGAUCUGAAGCCUGAUAAUUUGUUGAUUGCACAUGAUGGCCAUAUCAAGUUAACAGACUUUGGGCUAUCAAAAGUGGGUCUAAUCAACAGUACUGAUGAUUUGUCUGGUCCGGCUGUUAGUGGAACAUCGCUGAUGGAGGAAGAUGAACCACCAAUAUCUGCACCGAAGCAUCAACAAGAAAGGCGUAAGAAACAGUCAGCUGUUGGUACACCAGACUACUUGGCACCUGAGAUUCUUCUAGGAACUGGGCAUGGCUUUACUGCUGAUUGGUGGUCUGUGGGUGUUAUUCUGUUUGAGUUGAUUGUUGGUAUCCCUCCUUUCAAUGCGGAACAUCCUCAGAAAAUAUUUGACAACAUUCUGAAUCGCAAGAUUCCUUGGCCUCGUGUGCCUGAUGAAAUAAGCCUUGAAGCAUAUGAUCUGAUUGAUCGGUUACUGACUGAAGAUCCUAACCAGAGACUUGGAGCUGGAGGAGCUUCAGAGGUCAAGCAGCAUCCGUUUUUCAGAGACAUUAACUGGGACACACUUGCUCGACAGAAGGCUGCCUUUGUCCCUGCAUCAGAGGGUGCAAUGGAUACAAGUUACUUUACGAGCCGUUACUCAUGGAAUCCGUCAGACGAGCAUGUUUAUGCUGCCAGUGAAUUUGAAGAUUCCAGUGAAAAUGGAAGCUUAAGUGGCAGCAGUAGUUGCCUAAGCAAUAGGCAUGAGGAACUGGCAGACGAAUGUGGGGGACUCGCAGAAUUCGACUCAAGCAAUGAUAUCAACUACUCCUUUAGCAAUUUCUCAUUUAAGAAUCUUUCCCAGCUCGCAUCAAUCAAUUAUGACUUGUUGACAAAAGGUUGGAAAGACGAGCCCCCAAAUUCUAGUGCGUAAACUCUCUUGCCAUCCAUAGUUUAGGAGGAAUUUGCCUCCCGGUUUGUGUUCCCUGUAAAUGUGUUUUUGCAAUUUUCUCAUUCAAUUUUUGUUGUUUAUAACUCAGAACUGUUACCAUAUACUACUUGUUACUGAGGUUGAAAACCGGUGGUUCGGUCGGUCUGUCCCGAAUACUCUUCUCCCCGAAGAAGAGAAUGUCUUAGUUGAAGAUACCAUUUCUUCGAACUGAGGUUUCUUAAUUUAUAAAGAAUUACAGAUCAGAUUUUCAACAAGAAA